GUGCUUUUUCAAACAUCAAAAGAUGACUUGAAUAUGGAAAAGCCCAAUGUUCAGACGAGACAAAACACCCACGGCAAUCGAAAUACGGAAUGACCGCCUCUAGUCAGGCCGUUCAAGGUCGUUCAAACGAAACGGCGGGCAAAUUUGAAGGAGCCUGCCUUUUUUCCCUUGUUGUAUUUUAUUCAUAUACAACGAGCAUUUUUCUUUGAGAUAAUUUUAUUCACUCUCCUGCAUUCGUACUUAUUUGACCGUUCGAUCAACACUUUUAUGGGUUAUCAAGCAAGUCGGUAGCCGUUAAAGUCCACAUAUUCAUGGGAUAUAUUUAUAGAUAUAUAUUGCUAGGGAUGGUUUUAACGUUCCGCACAAUUUCUUUUUAAAAACACCUCAUAAAAAACACUGAAAGAUUUGACCUUUAGGCUUUUUUGCCAGCACCUACCACAGAAUAUUCGUUGGUGUAUAUAUAACGUUCUGGGAUAUCCCAGAACCCAUACGGGUUCUGACCGAUAUUGAAAAAAACUUGAGCUCGUUUCAUAUGCACGCUUUUCACUAAGUGAUUUUUUAAACAUUCACGUUAUUUUGAUGACAUUAAUUUAGUCUGAUGAACAUUUUGCGUAGGUGUAGUGAUGGACACAAAUAAAUAUGACUUGGCAUCCAAACACUAAACUCACUUUCCUUUAAUAUAUCGCUCAAUGGAAGCUGUAUAUUUGCUCCUACUUGAACUUAUACAUACAUGUUUGUAUCAGUCAGUGCGUGUAUGCACAUAUGCGUUUACACGAGCUUAAAAAUAUACACAUGAACCAGCAUGUCCAUCAACGACUCUUACUGUUUUUCUAAUCAUAUUCCUGUUUAAUAGUGCGUAUUUGAUUGUCCAUCAAUGUACUGGUGCAAUGUGUACUUCGUGUCAUUACAGUGUACCAUCUGGAAAUCAUGUAACCAAUCUAGUUUGCAAAAUUCAUAUUGAUAAACGAAUAUGUGCUGUCACUGUUUUCAACCAUGCUGUUACAUUCUUUGGUUAGGUUAGUCGAACUAGGGGUAAGUGUAGUUAGAUAGAGAUAUUUCCCAUGGUAUUUCUAUCGCUUGGUUUUACGGUUUUCCUUUUCUUAUAGCACCCAGUAAGUCAAGGUACUUCUCAUUCAGCCAGUAAAUUUCACGCUUGAUCCUUGUUCCGUGUACUGCUUAAAUAGCUGAAUAGUACAAUGAAUCCAUACAGUGUAUUCCAAAGGAAAGCACACGAGCCUGUGUUUGAUAAAUGAGACAUUUUUGACUAAAUGUCCUGAUACAUUCUAGUUUCUUAUGUUUGCAUUAUUUUGCAAUGUGUUUUCAGCUUUAGUUCAUAGAAAUUCAUGUAAGUAAAUGAGAGCUAGCGCUAGUGCCUAUACUACCGCACCGUCUAAUCCACCAUCUAUUCAUCAUGAACCAAACUCCAAUGUCUUCAGAAACUCUAUAGAACAUUCACAGAGCCUUACUUCUAGUAACAGCAUAGUUAACACUGUUUCAUCACUAUCAAGAGAUAAACCUAUUAAUGAGGCAGGACCUAUGGAAUCAUAUGAUAGUCUUAACCUGCAGAACCGUUUGGAAAAUUUUAAACAUUGGAGUGUAACAACAUUCAAAUGCACAAAACAAAUGAUUGAAGAAAAACUUGGAACAGCAAGUGUAACAUGUGAUCAAGAAUUAGAGGAUCGAAUUUCAAUGUUUAGAAAUAUGCAUCAACAGUAUAGAAUAUUGCAUAACCUCGCUGAAAAGUUAGCUAAUAGUUUUCGUGAAACUAUUCAUCAUCAACGUGCAUUUACGAGUCAUAUGACUACUUUAAUUGUACAGCAGCCUGAUUUAAACAGUGAAUUCACCUAUAAUACAGAAACCCAACGUAUUGUUAUAUCAAAUGGAGAAAAAUUAUUGGGUAUGGAUUAUGUAUACUUUUUGGCUUGAUUCCACGUUUCAUUUAAUUUUUCUUUGAGAUUUUUCUAAUGAGCUUACUUCAGAUAAAAAACAGCUGAUUUUCCCUGGUAUAGGACACUUUAAUGUCUUUGCACGAUCUCUACAGAUGUCAAACCCAAAAAUUUUAGGUCUCACGAUAUGCCUAUUACAUUUGGAUUAAUAAGUUAAAAUCCAAUCUAAAGGUAAGGCGCUUUUGGGAGGGAGGAUUGAUCACAUUAUUUCAUUCUAUGACUUGAAUUAGGCAGUGAAUAAUUGGUUCGUGUACUCGACUUUCUAGCAGAGCAAUUUUACGCCAGCCAUUACAAGUGUGGUUCAAAGCUGACUAUAUAAAUAUCCACUUGGUAAACGAGAUACACUUGUUACUAUUAUUUUUUAUAUAUUGUCUUGAUUAUUGAGGAUCAUAAAAAUCAAACUGGUUAUUACUAGUACACCAAAAGACAUAGUAUCUUAAUGGCUCAUAAGAAACUAAUGGAACACUUCUGUUUUAUUUAAGUAACUAGCACCAAUCAAGCCAGUGGUACAAUAAACCAACUUAUCUUAAUGGUCAUAUCUUUCCAUUAGUAUGGAAGGCAUUUACUUCUUGGGUACCAACUAGACCAGUUUUCUAAGAGAUUUUCAGAAGAAAUGCAGGUUUUUAUUUUCUUAUAGUUGGAAAAGACAAUUUUCAAGUAUGAAUGUUUAAUUCGCGCUAUUAAAUGACUAUAGUUUAAACUGAUAAAAUGUCCCUAAAAUUAGUUAAAGGGGUUGAAUAGAUUUCUUUUUGGUGAAGUUUAUGAUAACUAGAUUAUUGUUCAUCAUAAAUCAAUGUUGCAGUGUUAAGUUUGUUACUAUUUAACUAUUGUUGUUUGAAAGUUCUUUAAUUCUAGCAUCAAAGCUACAGAAAAGAUCUUCGGAUUAUCUAAUAGUAAGCUCUUGAAGUUACUAUACUUUAGUCUAAUCGUUUCUUAACUUUGUCUGACUCUAUACUCCUAUGUGACAAAUUUCUUUUUUAUCUAUUUAUUUAAACACAAAUACUGGUACAAAGAUUUGUAGUUCAUGUGGAUGAUUUUGAUGGAGUUUUGUCCUCUGAGCUGGAUGGUUUGGUCGUGGAGUUUUCAUCGUUCUUCUGAACAUCAUCAGCACAAACUUCAGGUAGCCAAUCAAGAUCGAGGUUUACAGGACAAGCUGUGAGUCAUAUGUGGAGAAAUUCGGACACUUCACUUCUAUCUGGUUUGUGCUGAUGAUGUUGUUCAGAAGAACGACGAAAGCUCCACGAUCACACCAUCCAGCUCAGUGAACAAAACUCCACCAAAAACACUGGUACAAAAAGGCAUCAAAAUAUAUGUGCGCCACACAAUAGCAAUGAGACUCUGAAGAGAAAGAAAAAGGAAGGUGAUUAUUAUAAACGAGAAAGAAGUGAAUAAUUUUAAUAUGAGCGUGGAAAAAGUAGUGGAAGGAGCGUUUCAUUAAAAAAAUACGAACAAAAAGGAUUCUUUCAGUGAAGGAAGUUAUUCUUAUAUGAAGAUAGUAAAAGAAUGUUACAGCAGGACGUCCAAUAACGUCUUAAGCAACAAGGUUGCUCUAUCUCUGGGACCUCAACCGAGGGGUCGUAAAGGACCAACAGAAGCCAGUCCUGCACAGCUUUCUCUCAUACCACGACACCAUGUCAUGCACUGACCACCUCUCCGCUUUUUCUAACAAUUAUCUGACCUACGACCUUUAUUUAUACAUAAAACGAAGUGCAUAACCAGAUAAAUGUUACUAUGUUUGCAUUUCAUUAAUCGUUUGUAGAGUUCUGUUUUAUACCAUGAAUGUGUACUUGCUGAAUCUCUGCAAACCCACUCUGUGAAUUAGUGCAAGCCUUAUGAUGUUAGGAGGACUUCCUUAACAUUACACUAAGUUGAUUAAUUUAUUAUAACAUAAUUAAGCACGCAUAUAAUAGUGGCUUCUGCUUUCAUUUCUAACCUGUUUACCGUAUAAUCAAAAUAGUUUUCGUUAUAAUAUCCGAAUUGCUUCAGUCGAUUGUAAUUGAUAAGUCAGUGUCAUUCUGAAGAAAUGUAGUGUAGUAAUCAAUAUUUAUCUGACUGUCUCAAUGGAUUUGAAAUUUAGCCAGAUCACGUUUACGCAGUAAAAUGAAAUUAUUGGCACAAGUAACUUCUAAGUAAACUGAUAUCAAAAGACACUACGAUUAGCUACCGUAGUGCGUUUUCUUGUUAAUCAAUGCAAUAAUAAAUUUAUGUCAGAUGUUUAUUGAACAUAUCAUUAUACAAUUAUUCCAACUUUUCUAAUUUCACGUAUCCAUCUGUCACUUGUGAGAAAUUCGCUAUCUUUACGACAGUCAAUCCCUUUUAUAAAUUAAAAGAAUGCAAUAAAACCGAGUUAAUCCUAAAAAUGUAUUGUACAGAUAUAUCACAUUUUUUCAAAUCAGCGUCGUCUUCUCAUCAUCCUUUCAAAGUAUACUAUCCACUCGCGGUAUUUAGUGUGAUUUACUUAUUAAGUUCCUCUCUAUCUUAUUAAAUUCACUAAUCUUUUUAUUCAUUUAUGAUAUUUAUUUUGUUUCAAUCCCUGUAGCAUCAUUAAACCAUUUUGUUAAUUCUUUGAACACACUGGUUAGUCAUACAUUUGAAGAUACAUGGACUACUGUUUCUAGUAUGCAGUCGGCUCGUAUACAAUAUGAUGCUUAUCGUAACGAAAUGAACCAAACAAAAAGUAAAAAACCUAAUGUUAAUAAUAAUUCUGAUACUGUCACACCCACUACGAUUACAAUCUCAGGCAACUCAUUUGCCACUGACUUGAUUCACGAUAACCAUAAUUUACAAUCACGAUUAGAUGCAGCUUGUGAACGGUAUUCCCAAUUGAGAAAAGCUGUUCUAUGUAAAUUGGAAUUUUUACAAGAAAACAGGUUGCGUGUUAUGCAACACCAACUAGUGCUUUUACAGAAUGCAACAUCAGCAUUCUUCUCUGGAAAUAAUCAACAAUUGGAUCAAAUUUUAAACCAGUAUAAAAUCAAAUUGUCAAAUACACAAAAUGGGGUUAGCCAUUAAUUAGUUUUCUUUUUCUAUUUGUUACUGUUUCACUUGCAUUUCCUUUAUAUAACAUAAAAUAAAUACAUAUGAUUAAGUUUUGCCUUGUGUGUGCUGUGCGUCCAUUAAGUGACAUACAUUCAUACAAAUGAACUGGUAAUGUUUCUUUCGACAGAUCAUUUUCAACCCAUAUAUGUAUUUACACACAAAUGCAAAAUUUGUGACUUAGGUGAUACUAAUUAUGGACAUUUACAGUGUUUUGAAUUUCGAACUUAUUAAUUAUUCUUACUGAUUUUUAUUUGGUAAUGUGUUAUUCCGUUUGUAUUUACUGUUUAUGAAGUUGUUGCAUAUCUUCAAAAACUUAUACUUACAUUUAAGUAGUAAAUGUUUGUGAUUUUGUACAACUGCUAACUGGAAAUGGCAGUCAGUAAUUCUUAAUUUCAUGGCAGAGAAUUUGAACCACAUUUCCCAAGGGUUAUUGUAGUUACAUAGAUGGAACUGAGCUCAAAUCUUGGUUACCGUAACCGCUAAGUUAUCUACUCGACUUAUCCAUCCACAAUUAGAUUGAAAAAAAUGUGAUAGCUGUGGAUCCAUACCAAACGCAUUGAAAACGAUGAAUUUAAUCGUAUCCGUGGUCUGUACAGUAUAGUGUGCUUUUUAAUAUCUGUGUAUACUCUUAGUCAUGGGAUAUGUUCAAGAUCCACUAAAGAUCAAAGUGCACUAGACGGUCGUUCUGUCCCUGCACGUAGUCGAACUAAAGACAUUGAGCAAUAUACUUCUGGGUCAUCCGGGUCAUCAUUUCCAGUUUCAGUCGAGUUUUUAUAUAUGAC